UUAUUACGGCGUGAUGAUAACCCAAACUCGUCCGUACGUACGUCAUUUCCGGGUCCGGAUCCGUAUCGAAGAAUCGUUCCGGAGGAUUCUUUAGUACUCGCGCCGAAAGUUUCACUAUCGGAGGCGAAAAAUUGUGAAGAUUAUGAGUGGAGACGUUACGAUAAAAAGACACAGCGCGCUAUCACGUCGGGAGUGAGCGUUAAGAGGAUGAAUUUGAAGAUCCCGCGGCGACUGACAUUCGCGCUGCUGCUGUUGAUAGUACGAAUUGCAAGAUCAAAGCUUUCACCACAAAGCCACCACCAAGCAAUUCAGUCGACCCUUUACCCUUCACUCGUCGACCCCACCUUCUGUAGAACGGUGCCCGGCUUGACCAAGCACCAAAUCGAGUUGUGCUACCAACAGCCGGACGCCACUCUGCAGGCUCUUCAAGGACUAAAUCAAGCAGUGAAGGAGUGUCAGCAUCAGUUCCAAGGCUACAGAUGGAAUUGUUCAUCGCUGAGCACCAAAGGGAGAAACCCUUACAUCAGCGCCAUGUUCCAGAGGGGGUUCAAGGAGACCGCAUUCGCCUACGCCAUAUCUUCAGCGGGAGUGGCGAUCUCAGUUGCAAAAGCUUGCAGCGCCGGGUCCAUAUUGAAUUGCGGCUGCGACUCGAAAGUAUACAAAAUGCGUAACCUGAGGUCAACCGCAACGACGACCUGGAAAUGGGGAGGCUGUUCCCAUAACCUGAGAUACGGCAUCAAAUUCUCCAAAUUGUUCUUAGACUCCAGAGAACAAGCCGAAGAUAUACACUCCAUGGUUAAUUUGCAUAACAAUCAAGUCGGUAGGAUGGUAGUCUCCAACAAUAUGCAGUUAAAAUGCAAAUGCCACGGUAUGUCAGGCAGUUGCCAACUGAAGACUUGCUGGAGGGCAGUUACGGAUUUCCAAGUGGUCGGUAAAAUCCUAAAGGAUAAAUUCCAGUCGGCCGUAGUCGUGGACCAAUCAAAUUUGGGCAGCAAAUACUCUCGCCAAUCGAACAUCGUCAACCAGAAGAGCAAAAAGCGACAAAUCAGAGUGAAACUAACCCCGAGGAAGAACAAAUACAAGAGGGACUUGUCUUACGAUCUCUUGUACUACCAGAAGUCGCCAAAUUUUUGCGAGAAAGAUGCGUUGCUGGACAUUCCCGGAACUAUUGGCAGGGUUUGUAACAGGACUACGACAAGUCCAAAUAGCUGCUCCGCUUUGUGCUGCGGAAGGGGUUACAAUUUGGUCAAGCAAAGGAAAACGGAGAUGUGCAACUGCAAGUUUUACUGGUGCUGCGAAGUAAAGUGUAAAGUGUGUAACGUGGAGGAAUGGAUCAGUGUGUGUAAAUAGUGCGAUCUUGAAGUGCAUUUUAACAAACAUUGAUUUUAUAUUGUGUUUGUAUAUAUUACGUAUA